AUGUAUGUGCAAAGAAAAUCUAAAGUACAUCAACGAAAAUCAAAGCACAUACCAAGAUCACCCCUCUGCCAAUAUGGAUCCCAUGGAGGUACCCUGGUAGUGGAUCCCUUUGCAGUUGCUGUUUCUAUUGUUGGUGGCACAAAAGGUGGUGCAAUUGGUUAUGGUGGGAGCCUCUUGGUAGCAGGAAUGGUGCCCAAUCCUCCUGAUGGCAUGACAUGGACACUAGGGGAAUUUACUAAUCUCUUCCUAUCAACAUUGAAGUCCCUUUCUAAAGAUGUUGUUGGUUUUAAAAGUAUAGCUGCAUAUCACAGUGGUCUUAAUAUUAACCCAUUGGUAACAAGUGAGGAGGCAGAUGAUGGUCUUCACAAGGAUUUACAUGCCAGUGUGCCAAUACGAAUCCGCAACAAAAGCUUUGUUGAUUACAUUUUCACAUGUAGUUUGGAAGUGGCUGCCUCCUCUGAUCUUCCCAUGCAAAUACACAUAGGUUUUGGAGACACGGACUUGGACUUAAGACAUGCAAAUCUUCUCCAUCUUCAGCCAAUCUUGGAAGAUGAUCAUUUUAAAAAUUGUCAUAUUGUUCUUCUUCAUACAUCUUAUCCAUAUUCAAAGGAAGCAUCCUAUUUAUCUUCCGUUUAUCCACAGGUCUUUUUGGACUUUAGCCUAGGAAUACCAAAACUCAGUGUUUAUGGGAUGUGCUCUGCAAUUAAGGAACUUUUAGAACUGGCUCCAUUGAACAAAGUGAUGUUCAACACAGAUGGAUAUGCAUUUCCUGAAACUUUUUACCUUGGCACCAAAUGGGCACGUGAAGUAAUUACAUCUGUUCUUCUCGAUGCUUGUGAUGGUGGGGAUCUUUCCAUUCAGGAAGCUAUUGAAACUACACAAAAAAUCUUAAGAGGCAAUGCAAUCAAUUUCUAUAAGUUGGAUGAAGAUACGACCCAAAUUAUGAAGUCUAAGGUGGUUAAUGUAGCAGCUGAUUAUCACACUCAAUAUCUAGAAAUGAAAGAAGGCACUGUGCAUAGGUUACCCAAAUCAUUGGAUGAGGCUGUCAUAGCUCUUAAAAGAAUGAAGUUUUGA